AAUAACACGCACUCUCUUCUUUCUAUUCUGUUUUUUAUUUAUUUAUUAAAACAAAUGCUUUAAAUAUCAACCGUUUGAUUAAUAUUUGCCACAUGUCAUCCAUCUGUGCAUUGAAUUGGAAUAAAGCUGCACCAGGUUGUGAGCUGUUGAAAAGUGGAAACGACAAAACCCCUUCAACAGAAAAAACUAAAAACCCAAACCCAAUACCUUCAAAUUGAAUUUGUAAUCUUUUGAAUUUGAUCAUCAUCAUUAUUAUUCCUCUAAAGGUUAUAGUUGAUGCCCAUAUUAUUAUCAACAGCAUCAAAAUCAACAAAUCGAUGGGGAAUGUAUUCGUCAAGAAACCUAAGGUAACGGAUGUGGAUCGUGCAAUUCUAGCACUCAAGACCCAGAGACGCAAACUUGCUCAAUAUCAACAAAAGCUUGAUGCUGUUAUUGAAGCAGAAAAGCAAGCUGCACGAGACUUGAUCCGUGAAAAGAAGAAAGAUAGGGCCUUGCUGGCAUUAAAGAAAAAAAAGACACAAGAAGAAUUGUUGAAGCAAGUUGACGCCUGGCUAAUAAAUGUUGAGCAACAAUUAGCAGAUAUCGAACUGGCAAGCAAACAAAAGGCCGUGUUUGAAAGUUUGAAGGCCGGUAAUGAUGCAAUGAAAGCCAUACAAAGUGAGAUAAACAUUGAGGAUGUUCAGAAACUUAUGGAUGAAACUGCUGAAGCUAAAGCUUAUCAAGAUGAAAUUCAUGCAAUACUUGGGGAGCAAUUAUCAGCAGAAGAUGAAGAGGAAGUUCUGGCAGAGUUUGAGAACUUGGAAACCCAGCUUGCAGUCGAAGAUCUUCCUGAAGCUCCUACCACAGUUCCUGCAGAGAUUGAUGAAAAGUUGGACCUUCCUGAUGUCCCAACCAAGGCGCCAGUUAUCAGUGAUGCUGAAGUACCUAUAAAAAGAAAAGUUAUGGAGGAACCAUUGGAAGCUUGAAGAAUAUUGUGAAUUCAUGACAGAAACACGUCAACGGCUUUGCAAAUCAAAGUGGAGCAUCCUGUCUUCUUGUCUGCCUGUACCACUAUCAACUAUGUUGCCUUGUGUAGUUAUUGGAGUUUUGAUUGGUUUUAGUAUUUGCAAUGACUUUUAAUUUGUACAGAUGUGCAUAUAUGACACUCUUGCCAUUUCUAUUUGAUAUGGUUUCUUCACCAAAAAAAAAAUGACCAAAGGAGUGAAAUAGUUUUACUGAA